AUGAACUUAGCAUCUUUCGACGGUUUGAAGCAAAAUGAGCUCCUGGCGCUUGUAGAGAAAUACAUCAUAGACGGAGCAAAGUGGCCUGACAUAGCCGUGGAACUGCGGAGACAGUAUCACAGCAUAGUAACCAAGAAACAGUGGUCUAGCAAACUAACUGCGCAUGGGUUCUUCAAAAAUGUUGACGAAAGUGAGAUCAUCGACGUACUCGGAGAGCUCGAGAGGCUCCAAUUAUCGCUUCUGUCACUGGGAAACUAUACGCUCUUAGUGGUGGCAAACCAUGUCCUUCUCAACCCCCAAACGAUCGAAAGAUAUCGCCAGAAGAACAGCAACUCACUUCACGAGACGAUCAGCCAAGGUCGUCCUCCCCAACCUCGCAGGCAUCCCAUGGUUGUUCCGCUGCCAUUUGAGUUCCGAAUGUUGAAUGACCCUGACUCUUUCAAAUGUUUCCGGAGGAUGUUGUGGCUUGUGAGUGUCCAUUUCACCAGCUGCUUUGACACUCGCAAGUGGACAAAUGAUGAAAAUGGGUUGUACAACCGCCAUGAUGUCUUUCGAUCUGAUUUGACACAACUUAGCCGACUUCACAAUAUAUUGUUUGACGCAAUUAACCAACACAACAAAAAAGAAAAAGACUCAAAGCGAGAAUGGACUCUAAUCCGUGACGCAUUCUGGUCCCUGGACCAAAUUGUGAAGACCAACCACCAUCGUCAACUGCCGGAUAUUCUGGGGAUUAUCCAUAUGCUGAAGAAGGGUUGGCAGCCCAGGGAACAUGUCUCUCUCCACGACACCAUCCAUUUCAAGUUGUGUCAGCAGCUUAAUAGCUUAGCUGAGGUUUACUUGGAAGGAAAUGAUCCACGAAGGAAGCUAAUCGCACUUCUGAAGCGGAUGCUUGAGGAGCAAGAGUGGAACGAGAAGUUGGGUUAUGUUUUGCAUGCAUUUGAUACAUACUGUCGUCGUUUGUGGAUGGACAGGCUUGGCCGCAACGACAUCAAAGCCUACUAUUCAUACAACCAAGCCAGCUUUCCUCGCUCAGAGUCGGAGCCCGGCGAAUUCUACGAAAAGUUCCAGGGGAAGCAGUUGUCUGAGAUCCUGAGGCUCUUGACUGAGGUCGAUGGCGAACUUGGGCGCUAUUCCCAUCCAACAUUCUGUCUUUGGCACACAGCAUUGAGCUAUCUCUUUCAAGAGAAGAGAUAUUCAGACGCCGAAGUAGUUUGCCAAGAGCUUUCUAAGCGCAUAUUACACCCCGAAGGUGAUCAGACCUUUGACGAUGGACAACUGAACUUUGACUCUGCAAAGACAAUGUACUCCCUUGGCUCUUCACAGAGAGCGCAGGCGAAAAGGCUCAUAUCCAUCGGUCGCAAAGAGGACGGCGAUUCCAAGCUCUCGCAAGCGUUGGCAAACCUUCAAAUAGCUCUGGCCUUGCGCCGCCGCCUUGUUCCGAUAGGGAAAUGGGAUCCAUUGUCCCAGGGAAUGCUGGAGGCACUAGUAGCUGCUGGAACAGCUCUCGGUUUGGAUCAAAAUGUCGGUGUAUGGGAUGAUCAACUGCGUAUGAUGGAAACUCCUUCGGAGGGCAGACUCAGAUGA